AUGAGGAGGGCUUACGGCAUGUCCAGCACCUCUCGUUCGUGCGCCACCCCUCCCACGUCUUGCGCCACCCUCGGAUCCCAUGCCGGAGCCCUUCGACGCACGCACCUCAAACCCUUCACACCUGUGACGGGCAACACCCCUAGGAGCAAGAGGAACCUACAGAUCCAGUGUCGAGACUUCCCCAAGCCUGCCUUCGAGAAUGAGAAGUCUUUCAAGGAGGCUGCCAGCCUGUCCUCUGCAGCCACUGCCCUGCCCCGGCCCCAGCGGUCCCUGCGGGUGGCCAUUGCGGGGGCAGGCCUGGCUGGGCUGUCGGCAGCAAAGUACCUGGUAGAUGCUGGCCACACACCAAUACUCCUGGAGGCCAGGGAUGUGCUUGGCGGCAAGGUCGCUGCGUGGAAGGACAAGGAUGGUGAUUGGUAUGAGACGGGCCUGCACAUCUUCUUUGGUGCCUACCCCAACCUGAUGAACCUCUUCAAGGAGCUCGGCAUCGAGGACCGGCUGCAGUGGAAGUCGCACUCGAUGAUCUUUGCCGUGCGAGAGUCGCCGGGGGAGUUUUCCAGGUUUGAGUUCCCCGACCUGCCUGCGCCCCUGAACGGCAUCGUCGCCAUCCUCAGGAACAACCAGAUGCUGAGCUGGAAGGAGAAGAUCCAGUUUGCGCUGGGCCUCAUCCCCGCCAUCCUUGGCGGGCAGGAUUACGUGGAGGCGCAGGACCACCUCACCGUCAAGCAGUGGAUGCUGAAGCAGGGUGUGCCUGAGCGGGUGAACGACGAGGUGUUCAUCGCCAUGGCCAAGGCGCUGAACUUCAUCGACCCCGAGGACCUGUCCAUGGUGUGCGUACUCAUUGCCCUCAACAGGUUCCUCCAGGAGCGACACGGCAGCAAGAUGGCCUUCCUGGACGGCGCCCCCCCCGAGCGCCUGUGCCAGCCUGUCGUGGACUACAUCCGCGAGCGGGGCGGGGAGGUGCGAAUGCAGGCCGGCAUCCGCCGCAUUGAGACCGCCCCUGACGGCCGGGUCACGGGUUUCAAGAUGGCGGACGGCAGCAGCCUGCAGGCAGAUGCCUACAUGUCGGCCAUGCCGGUGGACAUCGUGAAGAAGCUGGUGCCGGAACCCUGGGCCGACCAGCCCUUCUUCAGGAAAAUGGACAAGCUGGUGGGCGUCCCCGUCAUCAACAUCCACCUCUGGUUCGACAGGAAGCUGUCCACCGUAGACCACCUCCUCUUCUCCAGGUCCCCACUCCUCUCUGAGUACCAUGACGACAACCGGAGCAUGCUUGAGCUGGUGUUUGCGCCCGCCGAGGAAUGGAUCGGGCGCAGCGACGAGGACAUCAUCCACGCCACCAUGAAGGAGCUGGAGAACCUGUUCCCGGGCGAGAUUAAGGCCGAUGGCAGCCUGGCCAAGGUGCGGAAGAGCCACGUGGUGAAGACCCCGCUCUCUGUCUACAAGACGGUCCCCGGCUGCGAGGCGGCGCGCCCCUCCCAGCGCACGCCCAUUCCCAACUUCUACCUGGCGGGCGACUACACCAAGCAGCGCUACCUGGCCAGCAUGGAGGGUGCCGUGCUCUCCGGCAAGCUGGCCGCCCUGGCCGUGGCCGAGGACGCGUUGGAGAGGGCGGGCGAGGCGCCGGCGCCCAGCCUCAACGCGGCGCAGCGUGACGCCAAGGAGAGCGCCGUGGAGGCCCCGCCGGUUGCCGUCUGA